CACAAUGAUCCCUCUAGGGUUUGGUCCUCUGAAACUAUGCAAUAAAACUUUGUAUCGUCGUCCUUUUCUCUCUCUUAUCACUUAUUUAUCAGUCAUAUCACGAACUGAACUGUAGAGAAAACAAUAAAAAAAACCUAAAGGAAGCACAGGAUGUCUCUUGUGGCGAAUGAGGACUUUCAACACAUACUUCGUGUGUUGAACACGAACGUUGAUGGCAAGCAAAAGAUAAUGUUCGCUCUUACUUCCAUCAAAGGGAUUGGUCGCCGUUUCGCCAACAUUGUUUGCAAGAAAGCUGAUGUCGACAUGAACAAAAGAGCUGGUGAGCUAUCUGCAGCAGAGCUUGACAACCUGAUGACGGUUGUGGCAAAUCCGCGUCAGUUUAAGAUCCCAGAUUGGUUUCUGAACAGGCAAAAGGAUUACAAGGAUGGUAGGUACUCUCAGGUUGUCUCCAAUGCACUGGACAUGAAGCUUAGGGAUGAUCUCGAGCGAUUGAAGAAGAUCAGUGGUUUAUGGGUUUUACGGAUGAUACUGGUGGUAGGGCUCUUUCUGGGUUUUAUGGAUGAUACAGCGUCAAACAAUUACUUAUGUUGUUAAUGAACAGAAACCACCGUGGCCUUCGACACUAUUGGGGUCUUCGAGUUCGAGGACAGCACACCAAGACUACUGGACGCAGGGGAAAGACUGUUGGUGUCUCAAAAAAGCGUUGAGCUUGGCGUCCACCUUCACGGGAUAUUCUGUUGUGGUACCCAGUUUUGUUUAUCAUUUAAGUUUGCUUGUUAAUUUUUCCUUGAGGUCAUGGUCAGUAGGAUCUUCCAUUUGAUUGUAAUUCUAUUCUGAAAUUUUAUAAUUUACAUUGAAACCGUUGGUGACA